AUGGCAGACAGAGCACCGCCGCCCCCCAUGCCGGGGCCGCUGCCCUCGUCAUUCGACGACAAUGUAGACUUUUACAACGAGCGCCCGAUGCAAAAGGUCGUCCGAAAGAUCAAGGAAGAGCCCCUAGUGCCACUCGGAAUCGGCCUCACCGUCUUCGCCUUCGUCAAUGCCUACCGCGCCCUCCGCCGCGGCGACUCCCGCCAGGCCAACAAGAUGUUCCGCGCCCGCGUCGCCGCGCAGGGCUUCACCGUCAUCGCCAUGGUCGCCGGCAGCAUGUACUACAGCAAGGACCGCGAGAAGACCAAGGAGCUGCGCAAGCUCAAGGAGCAGCGCGACGCCGAGGAGAAGCGCCAAAAGUGGAUCCGCGAGCUCGAGAUUCGCGACGAGGAGGACAAGGCUAUGCGCGCCCGGCUGAGCGGGCGGAGGACCCAGGCCGAGGAGACGCCAGAGCCCGCCCCGGCCGCCGUCGACGAGCCCGCGCCGGACGCCAAGUCGUCGCAGGGCACGGGCGGCAUCCUGGGCAAGAUGGGCUUGUGGUCAAAGGGAGAGAAGGCGGUUGCUGCGGCAGAGCAACAGCCCGCAGAACCCGAGAGCGUAGAGGACAAGAAGCCGGCGCGAAAGGAGAACCCCAAGAGCUCGCUCGGCGCCAUCGGCGAGGUCAUUGCAUCAAAGAAGAAGGAUUAA